GAGAACUCUUUGUUGUGAGCGUUAAGAUCUAGGGCGAGAGAAGGAGAGGAGAUGAGGAAGUUCGAUCCAUGGCCGGUGUUCUUCAAGAGGGAGUGGAACCGCAACUGGCCCUUUCUCGCUGGAUUCGCCAUUACCGGCGCCCUCAUCACCAAGUUCACCGCCUCCCUCACCGAGGAGGACGCCAAGAAGUCCCCCUACGUGCAGGAGCAAAAGAGGUGA